UUGUUCUUUUUUCUACCCACAGCUCUUACCGCCUGGAUAAAAUCAACAGUGACAUGCAUAACUACAUCACCAAUUUUGCUGCAGACUUAAGUCAGAACUACCAUUUGCAGGCCACCAGGGAAAUACGCCCCAGCCUCGCACUGGAUCCCUCUACCAAUUACAACUCACCCAAGUUUCGCUCCCGGAACCAGAGCUAUAUGCGGGCUGUCAGCACGCUUAGUCAGGCUAGCUGUGUCAGCCAAGUGAGCCAGGUUAGUGAAACGGAAGUAAAUGGCCAGUUUGAAUCUGUGUGCGAGUCGGUGUUUAGUGAGGUAGAAUCUCAAGCCAUGGAUGCAUUGGACCUUCCUGGCUGUUUCAGAACCAGGAGCCACAGUUACCUAAGAGCCAUCCAGGCUGGAUACUCCCAAGAUGAUGACUGCAUACCCCCCAUGGCAUCCACUGUUACCUCUACCCUCAGGUCAACCACAGACAAAAAUUAUGUGCAGGAAGAAACUUGUUUACCUGACCAGGACAGUAUACCUGAGGAUUUGGAUGAUGCAGAUGCAGCCCCACUGGCACAUGAUGAUCUAGGCUGCCCCAUCAGAAGAGACAGGUUUUACAAUCAAGAUAAUGCUGGGGCUACAGCGAAACCAUUGUCUGGACCACCUGUUUCUCCAAGCAUUUUUAGAUCCCCAAGAUCCACUGCCCCUGAAAGACCUUCACCAAAAGCUAUCCAGGCCAGCAUCAAAGAAUCUGCUACAUUGGCUGCAGCUAUCAGCAUGCAAUGGAAGGAAGAAGUUUCCGCCAUGCGACGAGAAUUGGCAGAGCUCAGAAGGGAUCUAUGUAAGGAGCUUCGUGCUUUCAACAGUAAUUUCAACACUUUCACACAGCAUUACAACACUUGGUCCCCUCAAGGUGGUGGAAUGGCAACAGGAGCCGGUGCAGCGUUGAGCAAAGGAGUUGCUACUGGUUCAGGGACAGGAACAAGAGUGGGGACAGGACUUGGCAAGGGAGAAGAUGCAACCACUCCCACAAAUAUAAGUACGGGGGGCGCAAGAGAUAAAAAUCCCCAGAUAUCUAAAGUGUCUGUAGGGAUUCAGGCCAAAAGCAAAGCCCUAGUAAGACAAAGUACUGCAGAUGCAGCUGUCAACUGUCCAGAGGAGGAGGAAAAGAAAGGUUCACGUCGAAAUUUGCCUAAACAGCUUUCAAUGGAUCCAAGCAUUCUAGCUUGUCCGCAGUCCAUGUAUGUAGAGAGUGCCAUCCCUCUUUCUCUGGAUCCAAUAAUUCCCUGCUGUAGUCGAGCAGUUAAACCAGUGUUAAAUGAUUCCAGUCUUUCCUCCAUAUCUAAGUCAGACAAAGAUAUUGCAACUUCAUCUUCUACUCUCACAAAUGAGGCAGUAAUGAUACAAAACACAAUAUCACUCUCAUCAGAAAAAGUUCUCGAAAGCUCUCCAGAGUCAUCAUCAAUGAAACAAGAAAUGCCUUUCACUCCUCAACUCAAAGAUAGAGGCCCAACUAAUGAGUCCAUUUCACAUUCUAAACAAUCUCACACUGAUGACAGAAAAUCCCAAGUUACAGAACAAACUGAAAGAGAUGAGAUAAAACUACCAUUUGCUGUUCCUACAGUUACUGUGUCUCCACCAGAAGAACAUGAUUAUGAUGUAACAACAUAUCAAGAAUCUUCUGAUAAUGUCAAUGUUGACAAGCCACAACCCAUUCCUCAAGACCCCUCUACAGUGUCUUUGCAGUGUCUUUCAGGAGCAGAGGAAUAUGAUCCCUCUGAUUCAACAGUGAUACAAUCAAAAAUAACCCUAGAGUCUACAUCAGACCCUCUCAAUAAAGACUCUGAUUCAAAAUCAAUGGAUGCUCAUGAUGAUAUGCCUUACUUUUCAGAGGCUUUCCUCAAAUGUCCAUCCAUAGUGGUGUCAGAGCACUUUGACGAAGACCCCCCAGUAAGUCCAACAGAUAGCAGCAAUAAUAUUUCGCCUAGCGUCUCCAGUAGUGAUUUUCACUCUGAAACCCCUUCAGAGCAAGUUAUACCUGGCCCAGUCUUUGCUUUUAGUUCAGCAGAGUCUCAACAAAACACUGAACCAGAAUUCCAAGACACAGAGUGGCCACCUCUACCAGAACCAUUGGAUAAUGCCCCAAUUUACCAUGCUGAUCUGGUCCACUUUGACAUUGUCAUGCUAACCUCCCUGGAUCAAGAUGACCUUGACUCUGUGUUUAUGGAUCCUGAACCAGAGCCUUUCAACCUGAGUGUGGACUCAUCAUUUAAUGUUGAUGAUGUUGAAUCCACCCUAUGCCAGUUUGAUUCUCAGAACUCCCCUUUACCAGAUGUUGAUGCUUGUGAUGAUGCCUCACAAUUACCUGAGGUCCUUUUUCCACAAGUCACAGUUACAAUUUCCCCACCAAGUUCAGUAUCUCCAGAUACAUCACUGGAAAUAGAUUUUGGACCCUCAAGCUCAACACCAGAUCCUACAUUACCUGAUACACAACCAUCAUCACCAGACUUUCAAGAUGUUACUCCCUUAGAGGAUGUUAUAACGGAGGUACUGGAGAGUGUGACUUUAUCCCAUGAACAUAUGGAAGAGGAAACCCCAGACAGUUCAGAGAGGUCCUCAAUGGAGCAUGGCUUCCUGUGGUACAGAUGGCAGAGAAGAGGCAACAGGAGAGACUUAAUACGCAGGAGUGCCAGUGUUGAACUUUGGAGUGGUAGAUAUAAUUACAACAGUUCAGAAAUCACAUAUGUGUCUCUCACUCUGUGAGCACAUGUCUCCAUCUCAGCAGACAGAAUGUAGCUCAAAAUAAAUGUGAAUUCCAUUGUUUGUAGCUUACAGUGAUUUGAAGUGCAAUAGACUGAAAAGAGGCAUCAGAGCUACUAUGCCUCUGACAUAUUUUUGCUUAGAAUUAUUUGAAAGAAAGGAACUGCCAAAACAAAACUAUAUUUCACAGAUUACAGGAUACGGCAAGAAUGAAAGAAAGUACUUGUGGAGGCAAAUUACUAAAUACUUUAAACUGUAUAGAUCUGAUAAAGCAACAGCCGUGGUGUAUUUCAUCUGGGAUGCUUUUAAAAGCAAUGUUUCAAAUAUUGAACUAAGCUAAUGAGAAACGCCUUUGUGCUGUAAAUGGUUUUAACAUCUGUUUUAAAUAGACUCCUAAAGAAUCUCAGCAACUCGGGGCACAAGAUCUCGAUAAUCGUUUUAAAAACGAUAGACACUUUCUCUAAACCUAUUUUACAUUGCUUUCCCACUUUAUUAUGGAGUGAACCACAUAUUGUUAGUUAUCAUAUAACUAUAAAGAUGCACUGUUUACCAUGUGAGAUAUUGAAUGGACUUCUAAUGCUGUGAAAUGCUGUUUGCACAUUCUUGGUGAAGGAUUGACUAUUGUACUGUUACAGUUGUAACAAUGCAGGCUAGAGGAAAGCUGUGAAAUAUUAUUUAUCAUCUAAAUUGUUAAAAAACAACUCCCUCUUUAAGGUACUUGAUUUUUGUUUUAUUUGAUAACUUAAAAAAAAUAUUUGAUGUGCAAAAGGAAAGACUAUCCUUUAUUCAUAAAAUCUUUAAACUGACUGAUUUGGUCUAAAGUUUUUAGACCAAACAUAUGUUUAAACUAAGAAGUUGCAUUUUUAUAAAGUAGUUGUAAUUCAUUGGGCAAAAAAGAAUAAUGAUUCACAUUAUCAGCUAUAAUUAUCAACCAGUACAGUUUAGAUAUGUAGCAUUUUUGAAUGCAAAAGCUCAAAUGUUCCUCAAUGCACACAAACACUUUUCCAUCAAAACUACCCCACAUACAGUAUAUACGUCUUUGCUGGACUGAAGUACACUGAAGUAAGAGAAAGUGUUGUAUGUCUUUUUCAGUAAAUAUAUUUCUAAGUGGGCAAGCAACAUGAAAUAAGCAAAAUAUGUUGGUAUAAAAUUGAAGUACUCCAUACAUUAAAGCUACAGUGUGUAAUUUUCAGUGACAUCUAACGUUCAGACUGCAGACCGCAGCAACAUGAACAUCUCCCCCCCACCGCUUCUCCCCCCCAACAGUACGGCGAGCGUUAC